AGAAGGAAGUGGUGAAUCCAGCACAAUUAAGUGGCGACAUGUCUGAGUUUCAGCAGCUGAUGCAGGACUCCAUACCGUCUGCAAGAGAUGUUCUACAACAGAACUAUAGCAACCUCCUUAAAGUGGCAGAUUAUUGUGACAGCAACUAUGAGCAGGCGCAAGACAAACGAAAAGCCCUAAAGGAAACCAUGGCUUUCACAGUUCAGUCAUUAGCCAGUGUGACCUAUCAAAUCAAUAGCCUAGCUAGAAACAUCCUCAAAAUAUUUGACUUGCAGACCACCCAUCUCCAACAAGUGGAAGCCAACGUUUGUUCCAUUGAACAGGUGAUAGAAAUGCAUAAGGAGAAAGUGUCCCGCCGUGAAAUUGGGAUGCUUACUGUUUCCAAGACAUUUCUUCCCUAUCAGAAAAUCAUCUAUCCAAAGAAGCUUGAGCCUUUACAGCCCUAUUACAGGAAACCACUGGACUUUAACACUCUGGAUGACAUUGGCCAUGGGAUUAAGGAUCAAAGCACACAGCUGGCCAAAACAGGGACUCUAUCAAGGCGAUCAAUCAAGUCCUCGGCUGGGAUGUCACCUGGAACCCUUGGAAGGAGCCAGAAGGUCCUGGAAGCAAUUCUGCCACCACUCAUCCCCGAAUGCCAACUCUCAUCAGCUUCACCUUUGUCAUCCAUGAGUAAUCUCCCAGAAGCUUUGAACAGCACAAGUAUGAAAAGGCCUUCUGAACCAGAUCCAUCACCACCCCCACCACCACCACCGGAACAGACACCAUAUUUGUUUGCAGAUCUUGAUUUUCCAACUUUUCCUCUACCACCACCCCUGGAUAUCUCCAACUGUGGUCAUCUGAAGCCUCCUUUUCUGCCACCUCCACCACCCCCCGAGAAAUUGCCAUGGGCUCCAGACACCUAUCUGGAGAAAGUUGUGACUCUUUACCCUUAUAUUCAGAAGAAGGAGGAUGAACUCUCAUUUACAGAAGGGGUCAUUAUUUAUGUAACACGGAAAUACUCAAAUGGCUGGUGUGAGGGCGUGACAAGUGAUGCAGAGGGAUUGUUCCCCAGGAACUACACUGAACCUUUGCACUGAAUGAGGCAGAAUGGAAGAGAA